UUGAUGUCUUAUCUUUCUAUUAUUAUACAGUUCUAAUAAAAAAUAUAUCAUCAUAUGAAUCUUAUUAAAAAUUUCGAACAUGUUGUAUGACCAGUUUAAGCCACUUGUAGAUCUCGUACUGAACAAUUGGACAGCAUUACAGUUGGCAGUAGAACAGGGCAUGGGUGCACCGGGUGGUGAAAAGACUGCCCAACUAAUGUCAGUUUACGUCGCCCGGUACUGCGUCGAAAACAUAGUAGAUAUUGAAAAUGUGACUGAAGUAUUGGAAGACUUGAUGGACGAAGAGUUCGAAACUGUCUGCCAUGAUAAUUCACCCAAAGAAGUGGCAACAUUACUCCUGCAGUACCUGGCACUGCUCAAAGAGGGUAGACAAGAAGAACUUCAAGCAAGAGUUGCUGCUAUGCCUGCCUGUCGAAAAUGGCUAAAUCAGCCAGCUUGUUGUAAAUCUAUUCCACCACAGAGUCACGGUAAUCCGGAUGAUGACACUACUAGUAGCAGUGAUGAAGAUAACCUUUCAAACAGACCAUUGAAUAGCAAAGGAUCUUCAGUAAAUUACAACACCGAACGUGAACCAGUGGAUAAAGAGAAAGAACCAGUUCGGACCAUAGUGAGAACACGAAAAAAAAGGGAGUAAGCAGGAAACUAUCUUGGAUGUUAAGUUUGCAUAGGUAAUAUAAAACAAUGGCUAGUCUUCUUAUCUGUAGAAAUUAAAUUUAUUUAUUUUAUUUAGUGUAAGUUUAGGUGGGGCUAUAAAACCCGCGGACACAAAGGUAUUUACAUUUACCCUUUUCAUAAACGCGCUUCAAACCUCAAUCCUUUGACUUUAUCUGUCAUUUUGACUUAUGUAUUAGUAAGAAAAAGAUAAAACAUAAUUUAACUAAAUCAUGAAAGAAUUAUGAAAGGGAUAGUCUUUACUAGAGAUGCAACGGAUAGUUGUUUGGCCGGAUACCGGAUACCGGAUAUUCGGCCUAUACCUCGGCCGGAUACCCGGUAUCCGACCGCCGAAUAUUCGGCUAGCGGAACUAUACCUACAUUUCGAUUUUUCAGGCGCGCAUUCUGCAGGUUUGACCUGUUUCCUAGUAAACGUUCGCGCGGACCCAUUUCUAGGUACGAAAUGAGUGCGCGUGCAAGGUAGUGGAAUGAAUUGUUUUAAAAUAAUAAACAGGUACGAAUAUGACCCUGUCGGUUUCUUAAAUCCAGUUGGUUUACUCCGAAAUCAAGCAAUGAUACUAUCCGGUAUCCGGCCGGAUAGUAGGUGACUUUCCGGUCUCCGGCCGGAUAGUAGGUGACUUUCCGGUAUCCGGCCGGAUAGUAAAAUAAUGGCCGGGUAGGCCGGAUACCGGAUAUCCGGUGCAUCUCUAGUCUUUACUCCGAAAUCAUAACAGAUAGAAUGAUUUGGUAUUAAAGUGCGCCCUUAGGUCAUGCAACUCCUGAAUAUGGCUAUGGAUUUAGAAAUCCGAUCUUUUAGCUCCACCGUAUACUACUAACGAAUAUAAGUAGGUAAUAUAAUACCUUAGGUACUGAACCACUAUUAAACAUAGAGGCCGGUCCCCUAUUCCUAUUUGCAGAAGUCUUGAUUCAUCCAAACAGGGUAACAGCAAUUACAGUGUUUUAUGUAGAAAUUAAUUCAUUCUUAAUUAUUAUUGUAUAAGUGACAUUGAAUUUGUUCUAAAAUCAUACAGUUUAAUUCAUUUAUUGAAGCAUUUAUGGUAUUUAGCACGAUUCCAAUGCGUUGGGCAUUAACCUUUCUGACACUAGCUGUAUAGCUAAUAGGAUAACUUAAGAUUUUUUUUCUAUAUGUUGCAAUGCGUUUUGAGUAAGUACCUAACUAUGUAUUAUAAUUUUAUAUGUAAGUAAUCGAGUACAAUAUUUUAACUACUUUUAAUACAAAAUAAUAAGCGCCAAAAUAGGCAAAUUUGCCCAGAAGAUUACAAUGUUGUCCUAUAAACAAAUAAACCUUCCAGUAUAAUUAUGUAAAACAUAAAUAAAUGAAAUUUUCUUAUAGUAUUAUAAAGAUAGCUUUUCAUAGAAACUAAUGAAUUAAAUUGUCUGAAUAAAGCAAUUUGACAAAAUAAUUCUUUUUUUAUAGAUCAUUUGCUAAAAAAGGAACCAAUAAAACUAAGUUUUGGUCACGAUAUGGAUGAAAUAAAUUAGGUAACUACCUAAAUAAUGAAAUUUUAUUUUUUA